AUGGAUAGAGAGAGCGGCGCUAAGGGGAGAAGUCAUCACAAUAGGAGGGCUGUGCCUGGCGUGCUUAUGUCUAAGCUAUCACCGGAGUCGGCAGUGGGCAAGAGGAAUACUGAGCAUAUGGAAGGAGUGUGCAGAAGUCUAGAGCAAAAGUUGGCGGAGGUCUCUGAUGGUGGCAGUGCCAAGGCGGUGCAACUACAUAGGAGUAGGGGGAAGCUUCUUGCAAGGGAACGUGUGGACCUGCUUAUUGACCAUGGUACGGAGUUUUUAGAGCUGAGUGCUUUAGCGGCGUAUGGGAUGUACGACAAGAAGGUGCAUAAAGGGGCCAUAGUCAUUGGUAUUGGUAUAAUACAUGGAGUAGAGUGUUUGAUAGUCAGCAAUGAAAGCACUAUAAAGGGAGGGACUAUGUUCCCCAUUGGUGUUAAGAAGAACUUGAGAGCUCAGCACAUUGCAGAAUCCCUGCACUUGCCCUGUAUCUACUUUGUUGAUUCCGGUGGUGCCUUCCUACCCCUUCAAGCUGAUGUAUUCCCUGAGACGGGUGGUAGAGGUUUCUGCAAUCAAGCCAGAAUGUCCAGUAUGGGCAUACCACAGUUGGCGUGUGUGUGUGGUAUGAGCACUGCUGGAGGUGCAUACAUCCCAGCUAUGUGUGAUGAAAUGAUCAUGGUGAAGGAACAGGGUACAAUAUACCUAGCAGGCCCUCCGUUGGUCAAGGCUGCCACUGGAGAGGAAGUUGGCCCACAGGAGCUCGGUGGUGCUGAGAUGCAUACCACAGUGUCGGGAGUAGCUGAUAACGUGAGUGCAGUAGAAGGGGGGCUCAUAACAUCAGGUUAUCAGUUCCGAGCUCUCCUACUGUGUAUUGCUCGAGCAGGGCCUCCAUCUCUGGCUUGGUCUCCUCCCCUCGUGUCACCAUCCACCAUGCUUUGUAUUGUGCCUGCUCCUAGUGGACCAACUGCUGGUACCGUCUUGGCUACUAUCAAUGCUUAUGAGGUCUUGGUGAGGAUCUUGGAUGGCAGCAGGUUCCACGAGUUCAAGCCCCGCUUUGGCACCACUUUAGUGUGUGGGAUGGGCCGCAUCUGCGGAGGACCCCUCACCGGCUUUCUGGCCAAUCAUCUUGGGGGACCGCUCACCUCGCAGGCCGCACUAAAGGCCACACAUUUCCUCAUGAUUUGCGAACAACGCAGAAUGCCUGUGGUGUUCCUGCAGAAUAUAGCCGGUUUUAUGGUUGGUAAAAAUUACGAACGCCAGGGUAUCACUAAAGACGGUGCUAAAAUGGUUCGAGCAGUUUCUUGUCUCACAGUACCAAAGAUAACAAUAAUAAUUGGAGGCUCACAUGGAGCUGGAAAUUAUGCGAUGGCUGGAAGGGCCUAUGAUCCCGAAUUUUUAUUCAUGUGGCCGAACGCACAGAUCUCAGUGAUGGGCGCUGCUCAGGCUGCACAUGUGCUCACUACGGUGAGUGGUAAGAAAGAUCCCAAAGAGUUAAAAGCUUUACAAGAUGCUGUGACCAAGAAAUACCUAGCAGAGUCUUCGUGCUAUUACAGUACCGCCAGGAUUUGGGAUGAUGGAGUGAUCGAUCCUAGAGAUACUCGAAAAGUGCUCGCAAUGUGUUUAUCUCUUUGUGAACGCAAAUUAGAAAAACAAAAGGGAAGUUCCGAACGGAACAAUUUCGGCGUUUUCCGAAUGUAG